AUGGCUCGCCGUCCCGAGACCUUGCAAUUUUUGGCUGUCAUCGUGAUCGUAGUACAACAUUUCACUCAUUUGGUCGAAUGCGAAGACAAAAGGAUCGUAAUUUUCAUGCCCCGUCGGAUCAAGACGGUGCACCACCACCAUCACCACGUGGUACUGAUGGAUCCAAAGACGAAAACGAUGACGCACACAAAACCGUACUCUGAUAAGUCUUCGUCGUCGAUCAAGUCCUCGUCGGCCGAGUCAGACUACCAGCAGCAACGGGACCGCCAUCGUCAUUAUCAACGCCAACGGCAGCAGCAGCAGCAGCAAUCCGAGGAAGCCGAAAGUCAUCCUCUGUCGUACUUCCAACAACGGACAACCCUGAGGACCAGCGACCCGAACACAUCGCAGUAUCCGGUAUCGCAACUGCAACCUUCAGCGAUGCACUUACAGCCGUUGCAGACGUACCCAAGUUGGCCUCUCAGGCAGAAGAGGUCCAAAGUCAUAGCCAGACUGCUGUACACACAUGAUGAUUGA